GGGAAAGGGCGUGUGUGUGCGCGCGCGCGCGGGCGCGCGUUUAGGGAGGCAAACCUCGGAAUUCGCGGGUAACCCCCUGGACGGAAUUAGUCUGCGCCAAAGCGAGCUUCGACUUUAUUCUUGUUUUGAGAGCGGUGGAACGGCGAGGGGAGGGGAGAGGGCGCUGCCACUUUAAAAAUGGGAAGUCCGCCCUCCUGAGGUAAUGGUAACCUCAGCCUCCUCCCCCUCCUCCUGCCCAAAGAGAGGGAGAGAGAGAAAACUUGUUUUCAUUCAUAACUUUUUCCUUUUCCUUCCUCUCCGUCAACUAUUUAUUCACCGCUUCUCCCAGCUCGGAUUGCAGAGGGCGCAGCUCCACCGUCGUAACUUGCAGUGUGGGGACGCUUCUCUGCUGCCCCUGCCCCCGGCUCAUUUCUUCCCGGCUCUUUAGGAAUCCGGCUUUUCCUUUAAAGUGUAGACAGAUCUUUAUUUCUGACUCUCCAUGCCUUGGGCUUGCUUUUGGCGCCUGCAUUAGCUCUCAAGGCUCUCCACGAUCUGUAAGAAAUCUUGGCGAGAUACGCAAAAAUGGGUCGGAAAUCCACGGUGAUCCUUAGGAUGUGAUGGGACUGUACGAAAAGGAUUUCAGAUGCAUGCCAGGUUUCCACUGAUUGCCAGAAUUCGAGAUCACUACACAUGGAUCCCCAAAAUCAGCAUGGCAGUGGCAGUUCAUUAGUUGUGAUCCAGCAGCCUACAUUGGAUAGCCGUCAGAGGUUAGACUAUGAGAGAGAAAUUCAGCCUGCUGCUAUUUUGUCUUUAGACCAGAUCAAGGCCAUCAGAGGCAGCAAUGAAUACACAGAAGGGCCAUCAGUGGUGAAAAGACCUGCUCCUCGAACAGCACCAAGACAAGAAAAGCAUGAAAGGACUCACGAAAUCAUACCAAUUAAUGUGAAUAACAACUAUGAACACAGACCUACAAGCCACCUGGGACAUGCAGGACUCUUAAAUAAUACCCGAGGCCCCAUUUUGAGCAGAUCGACCAGCACUGGAAGUGCAGCCAGUUCUGGGAGCAACAGCAGUGCCUCUUCAGAGCAGGGACUGUUAGGAAGGUCACCACCAACCAGACCAGUGCCUGGCCAUAGGUCUGAAAGGGCAAUCCGGACCCAGCCCAAGCAACUGAUUGUUGAUGACUUGAAGGGUUCCUUGAAAGAGGACCUGACACAGCACAAGUUUAUUUGUGAACAGUGUGGGAAGUGCAAGUGUGGAGAAUGCACAGCUCCCAGGACCCUGCCAUCCUGUUUGGCCUGCAAUCGUCAGUGCCUUUGCUCUGCCGAGAGUAUGGUGGAAUAUGGAACCUGCAUGUGCUUAGUCAAGGGCAUCUUCUACCACUGCUCCAAUGACGAUGAAGGGGAUUCUUAUUCGGAUAAUCCUUGCUCCUGUUCACAGUCACACUGCUGCUCUAGGUACCUGUGUAUGGGAGCCAUGUCUCUAUUUUUACCUUGCUUACUCUGUUAUCCUCCUGCUAAGGGAUGCCUGAAGCUUUGCAGGGGGUGUUAUGACUGGAUCCAUCGCCCAGGAUGCAGAUGUAAGAACUCCAACACUGUCUAUUGUAAGCUGGAGAGCUGCCCCUCCAGGGGUCAGGGUAAACCAUCAUGAUUUCUGGAAGUGCGUUGGACCUCCUGAACUUCUAGCUUUCAAGCUGUGGCUGUUAAAAAGAUUCUAUGACAUACUGGUUUUAUUUUCUCUACAAUUUUCCCACCUUUCUUCCCCUGUUCCUAAGGUUUGACUCAUGGAUCUUACUCUUCUCUAAUGGAUGAUCUUCAGUAAGAGUGGACUGUGAAACUGCACCUGGCUCCCACUUACGACAAGAUCCUCUGCCAUCCACGCAGGAGGGUAUUGAGAGCCAGUGGGCUUUUGUGUAGCCGUUUUGUUCUGCAAGCGACUUUUCAAAAAGUUGUUGUAUAAAUGAACAUACCCACACACAUACCCAGUCAAUCUGCAGUGAUUUAGAGCUGUUUUUGAUUGGGUACUCUGGGAGCAGGGAAACUGGUUUUUAAAGAAACAACAUUUUUAUUGCUUAAUUAAGCUAUGUGUUAAGUUUGUCUCCAGUUAGGGCUGUCUUCAUAGCAUUGGCCCCUUAAGAAGCAUGGGGGGAUAUAUUUUUGUUAUAACAUAAAAAUUUUCGUUUAACCACUGCCCUCUCCUUGCCCCUCAAAGUUCUUUCCCCUCAGUUUUUUUUUUUUUUUUUCUGGAGAUGCCAGGUAUUUUUCUUUUCCUAUGUAAUUUUAGAUUUGCUUUACAAUAUAAAUCUUCACAUUGGAGAUAAAUUGGUUGUUUCUUGCUCAUCUUUAUUCUAGCUUUCAUGUUUGUGAAGGACUCAACUACCUUCCUGCCACACCCCACACUUUUUACCAAAUUUCUCGUCAUUGAGGGCACUUGGAUAACUGAAGUUGAUAUUUACAGCUGAUCAAUCUAUAGGUGUCACAGAACUAUGCUGCCUAAAGUGAUCUUGGCCCUUUAAUGGUCCUUUUGGCCCUUUGGUUAGCUAACAGCUGGGUAAUUCUAAUUUUUUCUGUGUUUUCAUUGCCUUAACCACAAAUUGUGGUGCUUUUUUGUAUAUUUUAUGUAUAAAUCACAAAGUUGAAUUCUGACUAUUUUUAAGACAAAAGUCUGUUAAACUUUUUUAUUGUAAAGAAUAUUUAUUAUGCGAAUCUAUUAUUUUAUGAUAUUUAUUGCAAAAGACUGUUGAAAUGUACUCAUGUCUGAAUAUAACAAAAUAUCAAUACGUAACGGAAAGUAAGGUGACACGAAGAAAGUACCUAUGUUAACUAUAAUGCAGAAAAUAUAUUAAUUAAUGAAACCGUCUCUUGAUUUCUUCAUUUAUUAGCCUGUACUAUUAUGGUGAUUUUUGUCAUUUGCUUUGACUCUUUCUUCAUGCACACCCAUUUUAUCUCUUAGGUGAGCUCAGAUUUAGAUGUUUCCUGGGAAAUGCAUUAAUCAAAAUUUUGUGAUCCAAAUUCUCUUUCAACGGAUGCCCUAAUGAAUCACUUUAUAAAGUGAACUUUUUUUUGCAGUUAAUAUUAACAAUCACUCUCUACUUUGGCUAUUUUGUAAGCAAGAGGUUUUGUGUAUAUCAUAAUUUCUUGGAAAAUGGAACAUAUCUGUAAUUUAUGAAAAUGUUUUAUUUUCUUGGGUUAGUCAAAAAUUAAUCUUUAUCAGUAAAACUUAAAGAACUUGGUUCUGUAUGCAUGCUAGGAGUCUCUAGCUCUGUCACUUUAGUAAAACAUGCUAGAUGUUAGAGUGUACCAAGGGAAAUAGCUCACAUUAUCAAAGAGAGGCUUUAAAAACAUUCCUGUCCCUACCUUUUUAUUUUAAUAAGUGUUUAGUAUGGCCUGAUCAAAUGACAUUUUGUCAUGUUCUGUGGAAUAAGAUACCUCAGGGCCUGAAACUUUAUAUAGACAAAAUAAAUAUUUUUAUUUUUUGAUCUGCUGAAACCACUCAUAGCUAGAAUCUUUGAUCUGAUAAAAUUUCGUUUAUGUGAAUCUUCAAACUCAGUUUUACCCAACUCCCCAUGCCUAAGUGCUAUGUCAAACCUGAAUAAUUCUCUGCAUUUCAGAAUAAGAUGCUGACAAAAUUUGAACCUGUGAUUUAGGCUACCAAAACUCUUUCUUACCAGCUUUUUUGUUUUGGUCAUUAUCUUUUAGAUGAUUUGGCUACUUGUUUUAGUACUUCUUUGUAAACGAGCCUUGAUUUUGUUUUAAUUGGACAAGGCAUAAGUGAUAGAAACUUGUUUUAAUCCUUUCCCUCAAGCCAGUAAACCUAUUAGUUGGCAUUGUGACGUUUGAUAUAAUCAAAAAUUUUCUCUAUGGUCUGAAAACAGGAGCAUUUUUAUAAAUGAAUAUUUGUUUUGGAGGCUACUUCGUAAUCUAUAGUAUUUCAAAAUGUGAAGUUAUUUUCUUUCAUACUCAAGUUAUGUAAUGUUAUCAGUGGUCCCUUAGUAUUGGGUUUUUGUUUAAGAUUGGCUCCUUAAUGAAGUAUAUAAACACAGACUCCCUCAAAAUACUGCAUAAUUUUUUUCUGUUAUUCAGACUCUUGGUAUAAUUAGGAUCUGGUGUAAGAGCUGUCUGUAGCUAUAAUACCCAGACUAAGAAGCUAUAGCUUGUAUUGAAAGAGGUUUAUAGUGUUAAUGAGAAUGCGGUAUGUUUUGGAUUUUUAACUUCUGGCUAUAUGCAGAAUACAUUAAAAUUAUAAUAUUAAGAUGGUGGUCUGCUGCUGCUAGGGCUUUAUGUGCACUCUUGCAUGAUUUGGAAGUAGCAGUAUGUUAGACUUUCAGACUUCUGACAGGCUUGUUAGAUGGCAAAGCAUAAACACUUUGCUUCAAAACUUCCUCCUUUGUGAAGGUUUACACCUAGAAGAAAAAAAUAUUAGGGUGUGUCCUUAUAAGUGCUUAUGAAUUCUAGGCUUUCCAACCUAAUACUGAUCAUCAUUUUAAAGUGCUAAGUCUUUGAAAGCACCAGCAAAGCUGAAAUUUUUUACAGUGCCCACUACUAUUUAUUUGAUACUUCUUUCUUUUUUAA